AUGGCAGUCACCGAGUCGGCCAUUGCUUCAUUUCCUUACAGACACGCGCCAUCGAGUAGGACACCCAUCAAGACAAAGAAGAUUGAUGGUAACAUCAUGCACAUCCCCCUUGGUUCACUGGCAGAUGACCCACAGCUUGUGACGGGGGAUCCAAUUCGGUGCAGCAAGUGUGAUGCUGUCCUGUGUCAGACGUCAGUCCUUGUUGACGAUGGAGAUACACGACAGUGGACGUGUGAGUACUGCGGUAAAGAGAACAAAAAACUAGAAGUUACAGCAGAGGAGAUACCGAAAGAGUUGAUGUUUGACUACAUGUUGAGUCCAGCAACCGAGAAAGAAGAGAAGGAGAAGGAGGGCAAGGAGGAGGUUGUCCAGAAGGUCACGCCAGGAAUUAUUGUGUACUGCAUGGAUAUCAGCGGCUCAAUGGACUCCAAAGCAGCUGUCCCAGAACUACAAGCGGCAUGGAAGCAGGCUCGAAGUGGAGAGGAGCUGGAGGCAAAAUCUCGGCUGGAGUGCAUCAAGGAGGCCGUGAUGAGACAAGUAGAGCUGUUGAAACAAGAGCAGCCUGAAAAGCAGGUCAUGUUGGUCCUCUUUGACUCACGUAUUGAGAUUGUAGGCGAUGGGACUGGAAGCAGCAAGAAGGUCACUGGAGUUGACAUGAAUAACUUCGAUGCCCUCAUCAUGGAGGGCCAAAAGCAAGCAAAGAAAAAUGAGAUCAAACCUCUGCGACUUUCUCACGACAAUUUGAUGGAGAAGGUGGCAGAUCUUCACAUAGGAGGAUCCACAGCUCUUGGCCCUGCGCUAGCAAUAUGUGCUGGAUUUGUGAGUGAUGUGCCUUCGUCAGAGAUUGUGCUAUGUACUGAUGGGGCGCCAAACUCUGGAAUUGGUUCGAAAGCUGACAAUAUCCGUGACUCAUUCUAUACAAAGAUCGGCGGAUAUGCACGUUCAAAGAAUAUUGUCAUCAACAUCAUGGCAGUGGAGGGAGAGGCUGUUGGGAUGCAGUAUGUUAGUCCAUGUGCACUGGCUUCAGGCGGCACCAUCAACGUCCUCAACCCCAUGGAGAUUGUCAGGCAGCUGCGAGUUAUCUGGCAGAACAAGGUCGUGGCUUCAUCAGUUCAUGUCACUUUCCUGCUGCAUCCAUCGCUUGUGUUUGUUGAAGAAGGAUAUCCAAAGGACUGCAGUAGGUUGGUGAAGGAGGUGGGCAAUGCCCUGAAGGACUCGGACCUCACUUUCAACUUCAAGCUCAAAGAUUCGAACAAUAUCCCAGAUGUUGAGGAACUGCCUUUCCAGGUUCAGAUCACCUACACCCGCAAGAACGGUAUGAAGUGUCUCCGUGUCAUGUGCAAGAGCCACAAGUUCACCAAGGACAGGAAGGUGAUGGAAGAGAACAUCAACGUGGCAGUUGUUGGACUAGCCACGAUGCAUAAGGCAGCUGAGAUGACAAAGAACAGAGCUCCACUAAAAGCCAGGGCACAGAUAUUGGCAACCAAGAAUAUGCUGAAAAGAGGUGCAAAGACUGUAGAGCAACGUGAAGAGCGAUAUGCAUUCCUGAACGAAUGCGAAGAAUUUGAAGAUGACAUUUCCUGCAAUUUGCGUCAGUGGCAAUUUGGUGAAGCAACAGAUAGUUCCCACAGAAUUGCUCACCAGUCACACCAGGCCAAUGUGCACCGGUUCCACGGAGCAAAGAAGAAAGUGGCAGCCGUCCAGAAGCCAAGUCAGCAAUAUUAAAGCUUAUGAAGGGUAUCGGAAUUAUAAGUGCUAAAGUUCAUCAUAUGCAGUCAGAUGUCCACAUGUAUAGA